UGCAGGGUGACAAAACGACGGCAGGAAAAAAAUCACCUGCGGGGACCCCUUAAGAUGUGUGAAGAGAUGUCUCACCUUCUGCGCAACAUCCGCAGCAUCAUCUGCAUUUUCGAGAAGUAUGCCAAGGAUGAUGGGGACUGUAGUACCUUGAGCAAAGGAGAGCUGAAACGGCUGAUUCAAACAGAGUUCGCUGACGUCAUCGUGGACCCGUACGACCCCAAGACGAUUGAGACAGUGCUCCAUCUGUUAGACACCGACUGUGACGGCAAUGUGGGUUUUGAAGAAUUUACAGUCCUGGUCUUCAAGGUGGUCAAAGCCUGUUAUAAGAAAGUCCAAGAAUGCCAGGGUUCAGCAGGUGGACCAUCCCAGANCUGA